AGCUUUGUCAUGUGACGGGGAACAGUAGUAAGACAGGUGCCUUCGGUUCACUCUCAGAGAGGGUCUCGUUGCCUGCAUGAGUGUCUGCUUGCUGCCUGCCUGCCUCUGGACCGUAGUUUGCCAGCUUUCCUGCCGUCGCUCCGCAGCUGGAUGGCGUGGGACAUGUGCAACCAGGACUCUGUAUGGAGUGAUCUGGAGUGUGCUGCUCUGGUUGGCGAAGACCAGCCUCUUUGCCCGGAUCUCCCAGAACUUGACCUCUCCGAAUUAGAUGUGAACGACCUGGAUGCAGACAGCUUUCUGGGAGGACUCAAGUGGUACAGCGACCAGUCAGAGAUCAUCUCCAAUCAAUACAGCAAUGAACCUGCCAACAUAUUCGAGAAGAUAGAUGAAGAGAGUGAGGCAAACUUGCUAGCCGUUCUCACUGAAACACUGGACAGCAUCCCUGUGGAUGAGGAUGGGUUGCCUUCAUUUGAUGCACUGACAGAUGGAGAUGUGACCAACGAAAAUGCCGCUAGCCCUUCCCCAAUGCCCGACGGCACCCCUCCAACUCAGGAGGCAGAAGAGCCGUCUCUACUUAAGAAGCUCUUGCUGGCUCCAGCCAACACUCAACUAAGUUACAAUGAAUGCAGUGGUCUCAGCACACAAAACCAUGCAAACACUAAUCACAGGAUCAGAACAAGCCCUGUGGUUGUUAAGACUGAGAAUUCAUGGAGCAAUAAGGCGAAGAGCAUUUGUCAACAGCAAAAGCCUCAAAGACGUCCCUGCUCUGAACUUCUCAAAUAUCUGACUACAAAUGAUGACCCUCCUCAGACCAAACCAGCAGAGAACAGGAACAGCAGCAAAGAGAAAUGCACCUCCAAAAGGAAGCCUCAUCUGCAGACUCAGACAAAUCAUCUGCAAGCCAAACCAACAAGUUUAUCACUUCCAUUGACACCCGAGUCACCAAAUGAUCCCAAGGGUUCCCCAUUUGAGAACAAGACUAUUGAACAAACCUUAAGUGUGGAACUCUCUGGAACUGCAGGCCUAACUCCACCUACGACCCCUCCUCAUAAAGCCAACCAGGAUAAUCCUUUUAGGACUUCACCUAAGCCGAAGUCAUCAUGCAAGACUGUUGUACCACCUUCCAAAAAGCCCCGCUAUAGUGAGUCUUCUGGUUCUCAAGGAAAUAACCCAACCAAGAAGGGUCCAGAACAGUCUGAGCUGUAUGUACAGCUUAGCAAGACUACAGGACUGUCCAGUGGACAUGAGGAGAGAAAGACAAAACGGCCCAGUUUGCGGCUGUUUGGUGACCAUGACUACUGUCAAUCUGUGAAUUCAAAAUCGGAAAUACACAUUAAAAUAUCCCAGGAACUUCAGGACUCCAGACAACUAGAAUGUAAGGAUUCUUCACCUGGGUGGCAGUGUCAGAUUUGUUCUUCUUUAGAACAAGACCAGUAUUUCAAGAAAGAGACUUUACAGACAAGUAAGCAGGGAUCCCAUGGUAAUAACAGAAAACAGCUCCAAGACCAGGAAAUUCGGGCUGAACUGAAUAAGCAUUUUGGUCACCCCAGCCAAGCUGUUUUUGAUGAAGAAGCAGAUAAGACAAGAGAACUAAGGGACAGUGAUUACAGUAAUGAACAAUUCUCCAAACUACCUAUGUUUAUAAAUUCAGGACUAGCAAUGGAUGGUCUCUUUGAUGACAGUGAAGAUGAAAGUGAUAAACUAUGCUACCCUUGGGAUGGGACACAAGCCUAUUCAUUAUUUGAUGUAUCGCCUUCUUGCUCUUCUUUUAACUCUCCAUGCAGAGAUUCAGUGUCUCCACCCAAAUCCUUAUUUUCUCAAAGAUCCCAAAGGACACUCUCUAGAUCAAGGUCCUUUCCUCAACGCAGGUCUUGUUCCCGUUCUCCAUAUUCCCGAUCGAGAUCAAGGUCACCCUGUAGCAGAUCCUCUUCAAGAUCUUGUUGCUAUUAUGAGUCCAGCCACUGUAGACACCGAGCACACAGAAGUUCUCCCUCACAUGCAAGAUCGCGAUCCAGAUCACCGUGCAGUCGCAGACCCAGAUAUGACAGCUAUGAGGAAUAUCAGCAUGAAAGGCUGAAGAGGGAAGAAUACCGCAAAGAGUAUGAAAAACGGGAAUCUGAAAGGGCCAAACAAAGGGAGAGACAGAGGCAGAAAGCAAUUGAGGAACGUCGUGUGAUUUAUCUGGGUAAAAUCAGACCUGACACAACCCGAACAGAACUGAGGGACCGGUUCGAAGUUUUUGGUGAAAUUGAGGAGUGCACAGUAAAUUUGCAGGAUGAUGGAGACAGCUAUGGUUUCAUCACCUACCGCUAUACUUGUGACGCCUUUGCUGCUCUUGAAAAUGGAUACACUUUACGCAGGUCAAAUGAACCUGACUUUGAGCUGUACUUUUGUGGACGCAAGCAAUUUUGCAAGUCUAACUAUGCAGACCUAGAUUCAAACUCAGAUGAUUUUGAUCCUGCUUCCACUAAAAGCAAGUAUGACUCCAUGGAUUUUGAUAGUUUACUUAAAGAGGCACAGCGGAGCCUGCGUAGGUAACAUGCAUCACACCUGAGGAAAACGGAGGGAUGGCGAAUACCUCACGGACAUCACGUCCUUCAAUAACGGACAAUUAAGAAGUCAUACUUAGGAAUUUCUCCUACUUUACACUCUCUGUUCAAAACCAUGGUUUACAUGAACACAGCUGCUCAACGAGUGAAGGGCAGGAUGCCUGUCCAGUAAGCACAUGCGUGUCCAUGGGUGUCAGCUUGGCUUUCGCGGGGGAUCGGUGUUGGGGGAGCCAGCCGGGCAUCCCUCGCCAGUUCGAUGCAAACCACGAAACAUGGCAGCAGUUCCACAGAGAAACACGUACAACGAUGAACUGCAAAAUCUGUACAUAUUGCAUUUUAACAAAAAAAAAGAGAACAAAAACGAACAAAAAAAACCCUAAAUUUGAGAACUAUGGCUGCUGAUGUCUGGGAAUCAGACACUGCAUUAUUAUUUUUUUUAAAUGAAGCUUCUUCUCAUGACACAGUGAUAAUAUGACAAUCCAGAAGAAACCACAGGUCCCAGAAGCCUACAAUGUGUUUUAGCUUUGUUUUAAGAUUUUUCCUUUCUUUGUUUUUUUGGGGGAGGGGUUGGUUUGUGGUUGGUUUUUUUUUCAGUCCUUGCAGAAGAGAAAAUGAAAGGCUCAAGCUUCCCUAACAUUUUGAAGUUUCAUCUUUUAAUUCUGACACCCAUGUAAAUGUCUACAACGUUGAUCUUCCACAGCAAAAUUUUCAAAGCCUUGUUAAUGGUCAAAUGUGCAGCUUGUUCAGCGAUUUAUUCUAAUGAGCGGACGUGGUGUUACAUUAUUAAUGAGAGUUGGAUAUAACUAUCUGGGUGUGUGCACAUUCUCUAAAGUAGUUGCGUAUUUACAAAUGUUAAAUGGAGUAUUUUUAUUUAUGUACAUACUGUAUGAUGAUGUUCUUUUUUUGUUACAGCUAUGCACUGUAAAUGCAGCCUUCUUUUCAAAAACCGCUGAAUUUUUCUUAAUCAAGAAUAUUCAAAUGUAAUUAUAUGAGGCAAAACAAUUAUUGUACACUAACAUAUGUAGAAAGCUGAACUUAUGCUUAUAUAUAUUUGAUUGUAAAAAAGAGAGAGAAGCGUGCGGGUGAGGGGGUGUUUGUGUAUAUGCGUGCGUGCGUGUGUCUGAGUGCAAAAGCGCUUUACACAUAUCCAUCCCUUCUUUGGUGAGCUUACAUAAGAAUUUUGUCAGGACUUAUCCUAGCCCAAAAGGUGUUAACCACUUCUGCAGUAUUUUUCCACACUUUUAUCAUUGCUUGAUUUUCUUUUGCAGUUUUAUACAUGGAAUUUGUUAGGGGAAUGAAAUUUUCUCAUCUAAAUUUUUCUAGGAGAUACCAUAAUUUUAUGUAAAGUCCCUCAGAUGGGUAAUCAUUAAGAAAUGUUUUUAUUUUAUGUAUCAACAGUAGUUUUGGAACUAGAGGUCAAAAAUCUUUUUAAAAUGCUAUUUUGUUUUAAUUUUUGUGAUUUUAAUUUGAUAAAAAGAUGCUGAGGUACUAAGUACACUAUGAUUUUUACAGUGAUUCUGUGUCUAAACACUGUUCUUGAAGCCAGUAAUCUUUUCAUUGGCAAAGUUUAAUGAUGGUAUUUAUAUUUUUUACAGUUAUGCAUCCUGUAUAAAUACCUAUCCUUCAUUCCUUUGUUUACUAAAGAGACAUAUUUAUCAGUUACAAUUAUCCUAUUUAUUAUAAAUUAUGAGAUGACUAAAAUAAUUAAAAGGCCAGUGGAAAUUUUAUACCUAGGAUGCAUGACGGUUGUCAGUUUGGAGUUAGCGCUUCAUCUGGAAAUUCAGCUUUUGCAGAAGCAGUGGGUUGUUGUUUUCUUUUCUUCUUCUUUUCCGAUGCACUAGCAUGGCCUCUGAUGUGCCCAUGACAUUGUUGCUGAUGACAUUGCUUCUGCUAAAUUAAAUAGAAACUUCAGGAAGGAAAAAAACCACAAGAGUAAACUACUGCUAUUCUGAGCAUCAGAGUUUCAUCUGAACUCGGAGUCUCUAGACUGAAUCAGCGAAGUCUGGAAUUUGCUCGUGAAUGUAUAGAUUUGGUAUUCUAUUACUGUUUGGCAUUCAUGACUCCUCUUAAAGGUAUGGCACACCCAACUAUUUAAUCUCCUUUCCCACUCCCAAUCUUAGAAAACCGAUUCCACCCCUGUGCCAGUGCAGUUGAUUUGGAUGGCUGCAUUCAUUUUAUCACCAGCAUAUUGUGUUCUGAGAGAUUCCACUGUCUGUCCUGUCGAAUGCUCGCUUGAUUUUUUGGCUUCUUAUUUCUCAGUAGAUAGAUAGCAAUAAAAAAAAAAAAAUAAAAAGAAAAAAAAAAAGAAAAAAAGAACUUUUUCGAAGGUUCUGUGUUACAACUGUAACAUUCUUUAAUCUGCAUAAUUCUUGUUGUUGCUCUGUAGGUUAAAAAUGCAGGUAUUUUAACUUUGUGUGAAUGCCAAACUAAAAGUUUACAAUUUUCCUUUCUGGAUUUUGAGUAUCUUCUGUUGUAAAGAAAAAUAUUAAAAGCAAUAAAUUAUUUUUAAGAAAUCAA